AUGAAUUUGAGGAUCACUCCUAUCUAUUCCCUUGAGCACGAGCCUUUUAUUCUUAAAUUCUACAAUUUCCUGGGAGCAAUAUUUGACAGUGAGCCGAAGGCUGCAACUUUAUUGAAGAUAAGCAAAAGUGAAGAAUUUCAAGCACAAACUGGAAAAUUUUGA